CUUAUACUUAGUUAUACCUAGAGUUUUGUUAUUAUUUGUUCAUGUUAAUCAACAAUUACGUCCAACGUGUCAUGCAUCGCAUCUAUUAUUCUGCCAAGUCACUGGUUUUCCUGGCUGGUUUAGACAACUCAUUCCUCAACCUACCUGGCUGAAAAAAGAAAUGGUACAGCUGGAAACACAACUGUCAGAGUAAUACUUUCCUAAAAUAGAUCAAUGGUAACAAAACACAGUAUGGACCAUACACAUGCGAUUCACUUGUUUGAGCAGUAUGACUUUCACAAUGACAACAACUUUCUGGCAGGUUGGGAUGUCAUUGCUGGACAAAUUGAGCCAACAAAAAGAGAGCAGGCUUUUAUUCAGGCUAAAAUAUUUUAUUUCAAUAAAUGUGUGGCCAGGUUGGAGUUAGAUGAAUACAUUUCAUGGUUCAAAAAUAAAAAAACACUUUUAGAACCAGUUUCAGAUCAAACGCCAUCUCUAAAAGACAGUGUAAAUACAUGUUUAACUGAGAAAACUCAGAUGAAGGCAGUUAGCAGUGCACUGACUUCCAGCUGUUUUAAAGAGUUUAUACAAGUAGAAAACAAAGCGGAACUUGCCUCUAAACAAGAGCACAACAUUGACUAUGUCAAAGACUCUAUCAGUGAAACAGAGAUCCAGAGUUACACAAAUGAAAAUUCAUCAAUGAGAAAUGAUAAAAUUGAUGAAGAGUGUCAGUUAAGUUUUUCCCAAGUCGCUGAUCUUAUAUUAAACAAUCAAGUUAUUCCUGGAGUAAAAAAUGUCAAUGUUCAGCCAACUAAUUGUACACCAACACCAUCUCUGAUGAAUCGUAGGCCUAAACCAUGGGAAAUAAAUACAAAUGUUUGAUUAUUUAAAAA